GUAAAGACUGCUUGAAAGAAACAAAAAUGGCUGCAGCCUCUUCUUCAACUUCAUCCCAAAUAAGUUUAAAACUUCUGGUCGACAAAAAAGCCCAGAAAGUUCUAUUUGCCGAAGCCAACAAACAAUUUGUGGAUUUUCUCUUCCACAUCCUUUCUCUCCCUGUUGGUACAGUAAUCAAGCUUCUGACGAAAAAUUCCAUGGUGGGUUCACUAGGAAACCUCUAUCACAGCAUUGAAAACUUAAGCGAUACUUAUAUGCAGCCAAAUCAAAGCAAAAACUCUGUUUUGAACCCAAAGAUUGCUAAAGUCGGGACUCGGGUCCCACUAUUGUUGCUACCCAAUGAUGAUGCUCCCAUGGCUAUGAAGCUUUACAGUUGUAGUAGUACUAAUUAUCAUCAACCACAUUCAUAUGUAGCUGAUGAUCCGACUGUUGUUUGUCCUUCUUGUUCUAAGCUGUUAAAUAGAAGGUUGGACUAUGUGGCUGGUUCUGGUGCAGAAAAGUUGACAGCAGAAAACGGUGGUUUCGUGAAGGGGGUGGUGACUUAUAUGAUUAUGGAUGAUUUGGAGGUAAAGCCCAUGUCCACAAUAUCCAGCAUCACCAUGCUCAACGACUUCAAUGUGAAAGAAAUUGGUGGUCUCGAGGAAAAGCUGGUUCCUUUUGGUAUGGAAGAGGGCUUGAUGUUGUUGAAGGCGUCAUUUGAAUGCAAGAAUGUGCUUACCACUGUGUUUAUGGCUUAAUGAAGAUGAAUGGAUUUUGGGUUUGUUACAAAAGUAAGCAUGUUUUGAACCUUUUGAACUUGGAAGUGUUUUGCUUCUUGCAUGAAAUAUUGUUCUUAAUCCAUGUUUAUGUAAUUAAGUGAAAUUUCAAUGAAACGUUUAUCUUAAUCUAA